GGCUGUGUAAAGGAACACGUGCUCCCGUCUGCUGGUGCGGAUAACCUGGCUUUGAGGAGAGGAAGUUGCUGGUCCGGUUGGAGCUGACUAUGGCAGAAGAUUGUCAAGAACACAAGGAGUUCCCGUCCGUUGUAGAUCGUUAUUUUACCCGAUGGUACAAACCAGACGUGAAAGGUAAUGCUUGUGAAGACCAUUGUAUACUGCAGCAUUCAAACAGAAUCUGUGUAAUAACGCUGGCAGAAUGUCACCCGCUUAUUCAAGACGGUAAAACUAUUCAGAGCAUCAGUUACCAAAUCAGUGCCAAUCGCAGCAGGCUGCAGAACAAAGUGUCCGGAAAAUCCAAAAGGGGUGCCCAGUUCCUUACAGAAUUUUCUCCGUUAUGUAGAAUAUCCUCUUCUGAUGGUGAAGAAUAUACUAUUUACAGUUGCAUUAGGGGCCGGCUAUUGGAAGUAAAUGAAAAUAUUCUACAAAACCCAGGAUUAUUGAAAGAAAAGCCAUCCACAGAAGGUUAUAUCGCAGUUGUCCUACCAAAAUUUCAAGAGAGCAAAACUGUUACAGAUGGUCUUCUUUCCCAAAAGGAAUAUGACGAAAUUGUUUUGACGAGAACACAAACAAUAUCAGACAAUGCUAAAAAUGUAUAAUGUUUUGUUUUUAGCUUAGGCACAGUGUACAUUGUAAGAUAACAUGAAAACGAUAAUGUUCUUGGUGUAUAAUUCCUAUUUAUGUAAUACAUGGCACAACAAAAAUCCAAUUUUCUACUUCCACCUUUUUAUGAAAGGUCCAAGGCUGACUUUAUAGCGCGUAGUAAAAGAUGUUGGCUAGAAAGAGAGACAAAGACCCAACAAUGUAAAGGACAUAUCAGCUUUGAGAAGUAGGGAGCAUGUAUGUGUAGCUCUAAGUAUAGAGUCGGUCCAUCAGUGGAGCCUUCAGGAGGAGAAAAGGGUCAAUGCAAAAUCUGAUCUGCUCAUGCUAAAGUUCUUGCUGCUCUAAUUGCGGUUCUAAAGCAAGUACGUGGCAGAAUUUGCUUACUGCCCCAGCAAAUGUCCUGAGUAGAUAUUUUUCUUGUAAAUCUUUAGAUUGCCAAUAGGCAAGCUAUCAAAUCCUCAGGAACAUUUCCUUUUCAUUCCUGGCCAGUAUAUGUUUAGUAGCACCACUUUCUGUGAUUGUUUUGUUAUUUUUUCCCGGAAACAACUUGAUGCUUUGUACUCUUAUGAACAUAAAAUAAAAAAGCAC